UAAUUUUUUUUUUUUUUGGAGCUGGGGACCGAACCCAGGGCCUUGCGCUUCCUAGGUAAGCGCUCUACCACUGAGCUAAAUCCCCAGCCCCUUUUAAAUGUAUUUUUAUUUUUAAUUAUAUGUAAGUGUGUGUGCCUUUAUGUGAGUAUGUACACGUGAGUGCAUUAGCCAGAGAAAACCAGAGGUGUCAGACCACCUGAAGCAAGAGUUAGAAACUUGUGAACUGUACGGUGUGUGUUUGGAAAUCAAACUUGGGUCUCCUGGAAGAACAAGUGUUCUUAACCCCUCAGUCAUCUUCCUAUCCCUGCUUGUUGUCUUUUGAGUAGAUGUAAAAUCAAGGGGGAGAAGUCAUCUGUGUACCCAUCUGGUCACACUGCUAAUGUUCUUUCUACCUAUGCAGGCUUCCACUCCUCUUCCUCUUCCUCCUCUUCUUCCUCCUCCAAGGGCUUUACCAUUUCUGCUGUGGUUUUGCUGCUGAAGAAUCUUUCUGCAGGCACUGUUGGGGAUCAAAGCAGGCAUUUGCUCAAACUCUACACUAGGCUAUAUUCUCAGUCUUCUUUUAGCUUUUACUUCUUUUUUUUUUUUUUUUCCGGAGCUGGGGACCGAACCCAGGGCCUUGCGCUUCCUAGGUAAGCGCUCUACCACUGAGCUAAAUCCCCAGCCCCCUUAGCUUUUACUUCUAAGAAAGUCUUUUCUCUCUGAACUGUGAAGUGUAUUUUUGCUAGGUAUAAAAGUCAAGUUUGCCAGUAUGUACCCUGAAUAUUUCCAAGCUGCUCUUCUGUUUUUUGGAUGCAUUGUUAGAAAUGAGAACUGUUCUACCUUUUUGUUCUUUUUCUCUUUAAAGAAUUGUAUUUUCUCUUUAUCACCAAUUUUAAGCAAUGUGGUUGUACUACGUCUCUUAUUUUUAAGUUUUUAUUUUGUUUGUUUAUUGUCAACAUACACAUAGAGGUUAGAGGACAUCUUUGAAGAGUUGCUUCUCUCUGUCCACUACUGUGUACGUUCUGGGGUCAACUCAGGCCAUCAGGCUUGGCAGCAAGCAACUUUACAAUGAGCUAGUAAUUUUUUACUGGAAACUAGGCAUUGUUGGGUACAAGAUGUUUUUGUGGUUUUGUAAAUGUUCUUUAUCUUCCAGAACUGAGGCCACUAGUUUCAUCUUUGAGGUCUUGCUUCGUUCCGUGUGAACAGAGUAUUAUUUUUUGGGACUGCUUUUACCCUUGAAAGAGGUGACAAUACGGACCUCAGUCCUCUACCCUGCACCUGUGAUGUAUGGGGCAUUUUUUAGGCCUGGUAGGAACACACAGGUUCUGACCCCCAGGAGUUCCCACCACUGUGCAUGUUGGUUUUUUCCUCUAGGACUUGGGUUUAUUUGCAUCUUCAUUUUCUUGUACAUUCUCUGGGCCUAGCUCUACUCCAUUGAAUAUGAGGAGCCAUUUUCUGUAAGUCUCCAGCGGGGUUGGGCGCUCCUGCUCACUUUCUCCCUCCCCCUACUAUCCUCUGGUACUCUGUCCAGGUUCUGCUGCUUUGACAUCCCUCACCCAUCCUUCAGCUCCACCCUCUUAGCUCAAGAACAUUACCAUAUCCACCUGGGCUUCUGCAGUCUGGGGAUUUCCAACCUCCAUAUGCAGAAGGCUUGAGUUUAUAUGGAUUGCAAGUAGAGUGAGCAGAGCCAUCUGUCGUUUGUCUAGGUGUUGGAUGUCCAUGGCAUAGUGCAAGACCAACAUAGCUUCCUGUUCUUUGCCUGCCUUCCUUACUGUUGAAAGUUUCACUCUUUAUUCUGAUCAUCCUCAUACACAUGCUCUUCCCAUGAUCCUCUAGCCUCAGCUGCUCCCUAAAUUAUAUGUCAGCCCCCAAGUAAGAAACUGUGUAUGGGUUUUCAUCUGCCUAUAAACUGUCCUUGAACGGCUGGAAACAUAAAAAGGCAUUCUCUAGUUUUUCCGGCUGUGGGGUUAUGUUGUGCAAAUCAGUGGGACAGCUUAGCAUCACUUUUUAGUCCUCGGCCAAUAGACUAAAGCAUGGCUGAGGUAUCCCAUUCCCCAAAACGAUGAUUGGAUGAGCAAUAUAGAGUCCAUUAAUAAAAACGCAAAUGACUGCUGGGUGUGCUAGUGCACACCCUUAAUUUCAGCACUUAAGAGGCAAAGGCAGGCAGAUCUCUGUGGGUUUGAAACCAGCCUGGUCUGCAUAAUGUUUAGCAAGCCAGAGCUACAUAGUAAAGCCCGGUGUUGAAAACAAAACAAUAAAAGCUCAGAGAGAUGACUCAGUGGGCAAAGCGCCUGUUCCACAAAUGUGGGGACCUGAGUUCAAAUGACCCAUGUAAAGUCAGUCAGAGUGGUCAUGCAUAUCUGUAAUCCCAGUAUUUAUAAAGCAAGAUGGGAGGAAGACCCCUCCAGGGUCUCAUGGGCCAGCUAGCCUGGUAUAUGCAGUCGGAAAUAAGAGACCUGAUUCGAGGUGAAAGGCUAAGACUAAUACCCAAGGUUGUCCUAUGACCUUCAUACACGAAGUAUGACAUUCAUGGUGGUAUUCAUCCUAAAUGAACACAUAGCCUUGUAUACACACACAAAGAUUUUGAAAGAACAUACUAAGUUACAAAAGGAAUUUAUCCCCGUAGCCCUAGAACUGGCUGUGGUCCAAAAUAUGGCCCCUGGCCUCUUUUAUAAAUAAAGUUUUAUGGAAACACAGCCCAGUCCCUUUUUUGAUAUCCUCUCUGUGUCUAUGCCAGAGCCUAACAUACUCCUCUGCCCUUUGCAGAACAUGCUUUUGAAUUCCUGUUCUAUUUCACUGUUGUCGAAGCAAGAAGUAAAAAUCACAAGGCCAAAAGUUAAGACUUAGAAGAAAAAGUAGAAUAAACUGUACUCGGGUAGAAGAUUCCAGAACACUUGCUGUGAAAAAUACACACAGCAGGAUUAGCCUAAACUUCAUCACCACUCACCACCGAAUAUAUUUUACAUAUCUUUUGCCAGACUUAAAAAUAGAAAUUUGGGUGUCCAAAGAGGAUGUGUUCCCUAGUAUGGGCAGUGUUUAUACAGUUAAGGUUAGCAGUUUUAAGGAAACAACACAUCACAAAUCAGUAGAGUGCAUUUAAAACCCUCUCUUAGGUUACUUUGUGCUUCCCCGUGUCCAGAAACAGCCGUCGUCUUUGGACUUGGAGCAGAAGAGCGACGCUUCAGUUGUGAGUGUCCAGCAUUUCCAUGCAGACCGCCCUGCCACGGGACUGCUGCUCUCACAGACACAGGUUACUCAUGGCAGCAAAUUAUCUACAACUUCUUAUAAAUUUUGCGCAUCUGCCCUUUUAUGCAAAGCGAAGGCUGGAGCUGGGCGAGAGUGGCCAUCAGUACCUCUCAGAUGGUCUAAAAACCCCCAAGGGCAAAGGAAGAGCUGCACUACGGAGUCCUGAUAGUCCAAAAACUCCAAAAUCUCCCUCAGAAAAAACGCGGUAUGAUACGUCACUCGGUCUGCUCACCAAGAAGUUCAUUCAGCUCCUGAGCCAGUCACCUGAUGGGGUCCUGGAUCUGAACAAAGCAGCAGAGGUGCUCAAGGUGCAGAAGAGGAGGAUCUACGACAUCACCAACGUGCUGGAAGGCAUCCACCUCAUUAAGAAGAAAUCUAAGAACAACGUCCAGUGGAUGGGCUGCAGUCUGUCUGAGGAUGGGGGCAUGCUGGCCCAGUGUCAAGGCCUGUCCAAAGAAGUGACCGAGCUCAGUCAGGAAGAGAAGAAAUUAGAUGAACUGAUCCAAAGCUGUACCCUGGACCUCAAACUGUUAACCGAGGAUUCAGAGAAUCAAAGGUUAGCUUAUGUUACAUAUCAAGAUAUUCGAAAAAUUAGUGGCCUUAAAGACCAAACUGUUAUAGUUGUGAAAGCCCCUCCAGAAACAAGACUUGAAGUGCCUGAUUCAAUAGAGAGCCUACAAAUCCAUUUGGCAAGUACCCAAGGGCCCAUUGAGGUUUACUUGUGUCCAGAAGAGACGGAAACACACAGACCCAUGAAAACAAAUAACCAAGACCACAAUGGGAAUAUCCCUAAGCCCACUUCCAAAGACUUGGCUUCUAACAACUCAGGACAUAGCGACUGCUCGGUUUCUACAGCAAACCUCUCUCCUCUGGCCUCCCCAGCCAACCUUUUACAGCAGACUGAGGACCAAAUUCCUUCCAACCUUGAAGGACCUUUUGUGAACUUACUGCCUCCCCUGCUCCAAGAGGACUAUCUGCUGAGCCUUGGGGAGGAAGAGGGCAUCAGCGAUCUCUUUGAUGCCUAUGAUCUAGAAAAGCUGCCCCUCGUGGAGGACUUCAUGUGUAGUUGAUUGGGCUUUGUACAAACUGUCCUUAUAAACCAAUUAUUUUUUUAUCACGGAAUCAGAACGUGUAUCGCAGUGUUGUCCCUUCCUACCUUCUUCCUCCAAGAGUAUCAUGAAGUAAACUUCAGAACAAAGCUGACAUUUUGAUGAAUUAAUUUUUUUUUUCUAAGCGCACAGUUGUGGGCUCCCUUGGGAAAAGCCCUGCCUGGUCCCAGGCUCCCAAAUCUUCCUGACGAGUCAGCAAGUGAGAAGAUGUGCAAUCAGGUGUCUCUCACCUGUCCUUUUCUGCCCUCCUUCCUCUGCUUUCCUUGCAGACUGGCUUGCUGUGCCUGGUGGACGGGCUGUGGGAUGGGUCCGGCCCCCUGGCCCACUGGAGAACGGCCCCCCUGACAGCAUUUCAAGCCGUGCCUUCUCUGCAGAAUGCAUGUUUGUGAGUCUGCUAACAUGGAAUCGAAUUCUGCCACAAAUGCAAGCUUGAAGUCAUGCAAAGGAAUGACACGGAUUUUCUUCAGCUCUUAGGAAUAUUUAAAUUACUCUUCUAAUUCAGUGUAAGCUAUGGGCCGCGUGUCCCACUAGGAGGCUGCAAGAGCCUCCGCAGCCUUUUGGAUGAAGACCUUGUUUGCAAGUACUCAUUGCAGAUACAGAGACUGGUAGAGUUCUGCUGCUCGAAGCUGUUGUGGAUUUCCCUGUCUCCAUACCCCUCUCACACGUCCCCCAUCCUGCGUAUUUGUGAGUUUCCAGUUGGUUACUUUCGACUUAGGAGUUCCUUGUGGGUUGUUUUAGAAUUUUUAUUUUUUUCUAGCUGCCAUCGACGCAUUCCUGUGGCACCCAUCACUAUUUCGAUUGAGUUGUUUACCUUAAAGCGAGUUUGCAAAUUCCUAUUCCUUUAGCAGAGGGAGAGCACCUCUACUAUGAAAGCAUCUGCCCUGUGUGACCUAAGGUCCACUUAGCCUCUGCCAGAAGCAUCCUCUUGUCUUGCUUCCUUUCCCAGGAGGGGAGCUGAGGGCGAGAACCGCUCUGGAGCUCGCUGCCUCGGGUGGCCCACGGUGAGGACCUCGGGCCAGAUGGUACAGCUGUCCCAUGGAGCAGCAGGCAUGGAUCCCCUCCAUCCUUGGGCUCCCCGGGCCCCUGUGACCGGGGAAAGGGCUCUAAUGCCACACUCAGGGAGACCACUUCUCAGGAUGCGGUCAGGUGGAGAGGCCCUAGGGAGAAAGACAUCCCAUGGUGUGAGUGGCAUUCUGUCAGGGACACUUCCUUAAGUUGGAACAAGGAGCUCCCACUGUGUCUGGGGGUGGACUAGUUCUAGCCAGAGCCCAUUCAUCCCACCCACUGUGAGUGGGUGAGUUUGGAUUAAGGGAGAUCAGGACACGGGAAAUGUCGUUGAUAGAAUGCCAGGGCGACUCCCUUGUUACUCCUCAGGAAUGGUGUCCCAAACUGGAGGCUUUGUGUCAGCAAAGACCCUUCCAGUUACUUCCAAGAAUAGCGUUCCCACUGGCCGGUGGCGAAGGCCAUCUUGUCCUGGUGUUGAAUAUGGCAUAGUACCUCAAAUCCAUUCCUCGGAUGCUAAGGGCUGCGGAAAUGAGUUAGUCAUGACAACUAACCUCCAGCUGAGCAGUUUGAAACACUAUGUGCCUGGCCUGCCCAGGAGGCACGUAGUAGGCACUCAACUCAUACACACUUGAUCGAGUUGAAAAUAUCCCUUGGGAAAACACUGACUAAACCACAAGAACCCUGGCCAGUUUACUCUAGAUAGAUUUCCACAAUAUGCAAAGUGGUGGUGGUGUGGGGAGGGUGGAGACAGAAGACACCGGCACUUUAAACUCUGUGUGUGGGUAUGCGUGGUGUAUGUUUGGGAAGAAAAAAAAAAUCAAAGGUGCAGACUAUCUUCCUCUCUCUUCUUCGGCCUCCAGCCCCGGCCUCCUCCCCUCACACACUCUGGACUUGGUACAGAAUAAUCCUCCGUGUGGUCCGAGCUGAAGCACUGGGGUGGAGGAGGGAGGGGGAGUUUCGUGUUAAGUGCCUACUGGAAAUGCACUGUGGGGUUUUUUCCUGUAUGGGAAACCGUUUAUGCCAAGCUUUCCCCCAUGCCCCUAUAUUUAUCUCAUCUGGUUAGCUGCCUCUGCUUCUGGCGUUGUGUAAUUCUCUUUGCCAGCUGCAUAGGGCUGGGUUUCUUUCCCCAAAGUCUAAUGACUGAACUCACCUGGCCCUAGGUUGUCGUGUGUUUGGUUGAACUUUUCUUGUUGAAACUAUUCGUAUUGUAAUGCCGUAUUUAUUGUUCUAAGAAAUGAAAGGAAUACUAAUAAGUCUUCAAGAGUUCUUUCACGCAUAAGGCUUUUUAUUUUUUUUUCCAGUUAAAGGGGCUUAACUGGCGUACGUAGUAUGACACAUCCAUACUAUGUUCUGUUUGCAUUUAGGCAUUUUCUUUGCUCGUAGCAUCUGGCACACAAAGUUAGAUGAGUACUACAGUAUUUUUGUUACUUUGAAGGCCUGAGAUGCAGGUUCCCUGGUACCAUUGAGUUGCUGCUACUGAAAGCUCACAUGCGGAAUGGCUGAAAGUUACACGUGUGCGCAUGAAGACGGCGUGAGCCUCGGAAUUUAAAACUGUAUAAAGGGCAACACAUGAGCUGUCAAACAGUGUUAGGCGUGUGUUUGUGUACAUAGCCGUUUUAUUUAAGUCAAUACAGUCCACUCACAAUGCCAUUAUUUACCGGUUUUGUACAGAGAUAGCAAUUCAGUUGUAAACACUGCCAGAAUAUUUUCUAGCUGGUUUGUAAUUUUUUAAGACCGUCGCCUUUGGGUUUUCGUGUUUUGUUUUGUUUUGUUUUUUGUUUUUGUUUUUUUGUCGUCGUUGUGCCCGAGACUCUUGUUUGCCUUUUUUUUUUUUUUUUGUGGUUCAUGUAGUUCUGUCUGUAAAUAGAAUCACAGUAUUUAAAGCUUUCGCUUUCAGGAAAAAAAAAAAAACGAAGUAAGAAUCCAAGUGUGCGCGUGGCAGGUUGUGUGUGUGAGAAGGGAUCUGAGGAAGAUGCCUUGAGGAGGAGGUUGGGUGGCAGUUGGCAGGGUGUGGGAAUGUCUUUCCUACGGGGUACAUGCUUUUUGUAAAAAGGAAGUGUUCCUCCCAACCCUGGGAGUAGGCAAACUACUAAUCAGUUUAGCUUUGUGCUGUAUGCUAGUUUAAAAAAAAAUAAAUAAAUAAUGUAAUAUAAUGUAAAAAUAGACAAACAAACAAACAAAAGCUUUUAUGAUGGAUUUUGUAAAUAGAUUUGUUACAGGGUGACCUGUUCUAGCUGUGAUCUUACCACUUCAAAUGGAUGUAAUUUGAAUAAAUUUUGUAUGGUAAAGGGUCAAUAAAAUGAUUUUUUUUUUUAAGA